AUUUAAAUUUUUAAAAUAAAUAAAAGUAAAUGAUUCAAUUUUAUUUUAUUUUAAUUUUAAUUUUUUUUUUUAAUUUUUUUUUUAUUUUAGAACUACAUUGUAUCUUUUUCGUCAGGUAAUCCUCUGUAUUCGAUUUUUUUUUUCAACUGUUUAAAUUAAUUUAAUAAUACACUCAUGCAAUAUCAUAAUACACUCAUGCAAUAUCCUAUAUAGCACCAUUCGCAAAAGUACCAUUUCGCGCAAAAAAAUACAUGCGCGAAAUUUACGUGCAAGCCGCCAGCCGCUUUAAAGUCAGUUGCACGAUCACCUAAAAUUACGCGGUAUCAAGGGGAAGUAACUAAGUAUGUGAUGUAGAGCGUAUUAUGAAAAAUGCACAAUAAUGAGGCCUGCGUGCAGUAUUCGUGUUUUUGUUCGAAACAAAAGCAGAUAUAACCCUGAAACUACUGAACGCAACUUCCUCUAUGUAGAUGUAAAUGAUUUUGCAGGAACGACCAUUGGAGAAGUGAAAGAGAAUGUGAAAAGACAGUCUGGAGGUGCAGCAAGAAUUGAUGAAUUAUUUCUUAAUAAUCAGUCACUAGCUGAUGAUAGGUCAGUAGCCCAUUACAAUCUAGAAGAUGGAUGUAUCCUGGAGACGACAUCAAACCCUCUAUGGGUCUCGUGCCUGUAUAUUAAAGCCUCGGAGAUCAAGCAGGAGAUGGAGGGGAACCCAAAUGAUGCUAACAUACAAAAAUGGACUCAGAAAUCUCUACCCAAGAAAUAUGUGCUGAUUGGUGUACUCUUGAAUUCUAAAAAUGAAUAUGGUAAGCAGCCUCCACAUUUCCCUACACUGGAUGACUUUGCUGUGUAUUUGGAGGGACUUAAGAAAAAAGCAGCUACAAUGCACCCUGAGUACACCCAGAAAGAUAUGAGGGCAUUUGAAAGGGAGUAUAGACAAGAGUUUGUAGGAAGAUAUGAUGAUCCGAUUGCUGCAUUUAUUGACCAUCAUGCUGUCAGAUUAGGGCUUGCUUUACCUGAUGAAAUAGAGCAAAGACCUUUGGUAAGACAAGUUAUAAGAGACAGAAAUAUUGAACACAGAGGAAACAAUGUAACAACAAAACAAAGAGGGGGAGGCAGAAAAAAGCAGGGGAAAUACUGUGAUGAUUGUGAGGAGGCCUUGGCGGAGGUUUACUGCGGAGAAUGUCAGGGGGGCCUCGCAAUGUGUCAUUCAUGUUCUAAUGUCCUCCAUGCUGGGGCUUCAAGGAGGAGACAUAACUUACAAGAUAUUGACCAAGCCCCUUCAAGUGCUAGCAAGCCAUACGUACCAAGGGCUUUCCUUGCACCAUUUUCCAUAGUGCUGGCAAUGUUCAGUGCAUUAUCAAGAGAUUCAAUACUGAGUUUGACAGAAGAAGCAAUAAAGAAAAGAGCACAGCCUCUUACUGACACAGAUUUACAAGAUAAACAAGCUGGAAAAUAUGUGGGAGGAUUUGAUUGUAUGGAGAAUGUUCUCAUGAAUAAAGGUCUGGUGAAGAAAGAAGCUGCUAGGGUCCCUACUUAUGCCCUGUCAGCCAGUGGUCAGGUAUUAGGACAGAAGUUGUACACAUUUUACAACCAGUUUUAUACCUUCAUGGAAUCCUGUAGGCUGCCGAAGAUUCAAAAUACUGACAGCGGAAGUUUCAGAACUGGAGUGAUCAACAACAGAAAGUUAUGUUUGAUCAUAGAUGAGAAUGAGAGAGAUAAACAGAGAUUGUUAAGAUAUGCUAAAGAGAAGAAUAUAGAUGCCCAGGUGCGACUCCUUCCUGCCGGUGACUAUAUCUGGGUCCUCACUCCACCUAUGAUAGACACUACUGUAGUUUAUACAGGAAAAGAUUAUGGGAAUGAGAUGGUACUGCCAUUUGUUGUUGAGAGGAAAAGUUGGGAAGAUUUUGAGAAUACAACUAACAGCACAAGGUUUAAAAGACAGAUAAAUAACAUGCUGGGUAGUGGAUUGACAAAUUGUUUCUAUCUGAUGGAAGGAAGUACAUACGGAAUGAAAAGUAAUUCUACUCACCAUCAUCAACAAUAUCUUAAGGGAUUAUUAGAGAAAUUAAUGACAGAGAAUGGUUUCUAUAUAAACUAUACCUCAUCAUGGAUGAAGUCUGCUCAAUGGUUACUCUGGUUUACUGGAUUCCUGAGUGAUGCCUGUAAAACUGGUUUGUAUCAGGAUGAGUGUGUGUCCUAUCAGGAGUAUAUGUCUAGAGUUGGUAGACAGAGAGGUAAUACAGCAACUAAUACCGCAUUUACAACUGCCAGCAGGUACACUCAUACAUGGAAAGCUUUACUAUUUGUUGACCAUAUUAUCAG